UUCUUCAUUUGAGUGGCCAACUAAGAGCUCAUAUCUCAUUGGUUGUCAAAUGCACUGUUGCCAUAGUCACCAGCAGUGUUUUCACGACCUAUUAAGUCAAGCAGUGUGUGCGUACAUGCGCCAUUUUGCUGCCAAACUACUCCUUCAAACUCUGUCAGCAUGGUAAAAGGUGGCAAGCGUUAUUCAUCAGAAUCAAUGGGUAAUGACGGCAAAUGGUUUCCUCAUCCGGAUGCCCAGCCCGUCGAGGGGAGGAAUCGUGAGAUAUCCACGAGCACCGGGAGGAUGCUGACUCAGAUUCACGCACAAUUGCCGCAAGCUUUUAAGUUCGAACGCUUUACCAAGACGAGAACAGACAAAUCAAGAGCAUAUCCAAGUUCAAAUCAUGACAACAAGCUAUCCGUCAAGGACAGUAUCAUUGUCUUUGAUGAUGGUGCAGGCCGUAAAAAAUGCGACGAGGGAGUCAGUCACCACAAAUCUCACCUUUGCAUGUGCCAGCACGGGGUCCCGCUCACCAUGGAGAGAAAUUCGGUCUACGGGGCUGAUUUUGCAGAGCAACCCGUCGUGGAAGCCACCAGGAGCCGGCGCUUUACGCGCGACCACCAGACAAAGUGCGGUGAGUCGUCUCUGGACGGAGGAGACUUCAUGUGGUUUGGACAAGAUGCUUACGACGACUACGACAGCCUGGAAGUGCUGGGAUUCGCCAAUCUUAAUGCGGGCUCCAGACCUCUGUAAACCACAGUGGUGGGCUGCACGCUAGCUACUACACUAGUUUUGAGUUAAUAUUUAUCUACGUUUGGGGAUGCUGAUUAUUCAAUAAAUGUACAUCUCUUA